UGGAGUUUGACGCGCAGAACGAGACGCUGCUUCUCUUUCAAACCGCCGCGGUUUGUUUUGACACGCUGGGUUGCAUGAUGCUAGAACCAGCACAGAUCCGUCGGAGAGGCGCUCAGGAUUUUGAAGGUUACUAUGAUCACGUGUGUGCGGCUCAGGGAUCAGCUCCUGUCCGUGCAGUGAAAGCCAGCCUGAGUCGGGGGAUGUUAGAGUUUAACCCUGAUCACAUCAGUCUGACGGACUGGACGCCCAUCCUGUCAGCCUUGGCCAUCAACAAACACCUCCAGCAUGUUGCUUUGAAGAGCUGCCACCUCACCAGCACUGGAGCUCAAAGUUCUUCCAGGUCUCAUAGUAAGAAGAAGACCCCUGUGAUUCAUUCCAAGAAUAUGACUUUGCAGUUGUGCAAGGCUGUGCAAAAGUGCCUGUGUGAGUCAAGCAGCCUAAAGACCCUUCAGCUGCACGGUUUGCCACUGAGAGAGAGGGACCUCACGGCUCUCACAAAGGGUUUAGCCAAGAGUGUGUCAUUGGAGUAUCUGUCUUUAGCACACUGUCCAAUCGCUGAUCAAGGUUUGGAAGUCAUCUGUCAGAGUGUCAAAUAUUCCUCAGUGAUUAAGACAGUGGAUUUCACUUCCUGUAAUAUCACCUGGCAGGGAGCGGAGCAUAUGGCGAACAUCAUAAAGCACCAGGCAAUGAGACGGCAUAGCACGGCGUGGGUGGAGACUUUGCGCUACAGGAAAGCAGAGUUUGAAGCAAUGAGCGGACUGCGCAGAAUCACUCUCAACGACAACAUCCUGAUCGGAGACCGAGGAGUGACGGCACUCUCCCGCGAGCUUGCAGAGGACCUGUGGGUCAAAGCGGUGGACCUGCAGCGCUGUGGGAUCUCCAACGAAGGAGCUCGAGUUCUAGAGCAGAUGCUUCAGUCCAAUUCCACUCUGUGUGUUCUUGAUAUCAGGAGAAACCCGCUUGUCGAUAAUAAUGUGGUGAAGGCUGUGCUGAAAAAGGUCCUCAUGAACACUAAAAGCCAUGACUCGCAGUAUCUGUGGCUUAAACCUCCUUCUCCCAAAAGCACUCUUGAUCAAUCACGGCAGUCGAGGAGGAAGAAUGCAGGAAAAGCUACAUAUCGAAUUGGAUCUCGCCGGUCGUCGUCUGUGAACUCUGUGUGGAGGCCUCCUCGGCCGGGUUCAGUGGGGUACGUCCCGUGGCGCACCGCUGCACGGGCUGGCUUACAAAGAGGUGCAUCACAGGCUGAUGGGCUGACAGACCAGGGUUUUCAAAACGCCACCUCUGUGCGGGUAACCGUUGAGUCGGAGUCAGAGUCCGAGGAGGUGGAUGGUGCAGAAGAACCGGGUCCUCGGGAGAAAAUCACAAGCUGCCAGUUCAGACGACUAGAGCGAGAGAAUAAUCGAUUACAGGUGGCGCUGGAAGAGUGUCGUCUGAGGCUGGCAGAGGAGAGGAACAACAGACUCAAAACCAGCUCUCGUCUGGUGGAGCUGGAGCUGGAGAAUGAGCGUUUGCGGCGUCUGAAUCAAUCGCUGUCUGAAGCCCAUCUCAGCACCUCUGUUCUGGAGGAUGAACAUGUGCUAGAAAGCAUCGAAUCCUCCUUCCAAAAAUUCCACGCGUUCCUAGAUCUGCUGAAAGACGCUGGGCUUGGCCAGUUUGCAUCUAUGGCUGGAAUAGACCAGUCAGACUUUGGGCUUCUGGGGCAUCCUCAGCUCUCCUCAACAGAGAGGACACACGUCAGCCAAGAAAAUGAGGAGAGGAGGAAGAGUUUAGCAAUGGCAGACAUCGCUCAAGCUGAAUCCCGGACUCAUUCAGAACCUCCUGCUCACACUGAAGACGUUCCCCGGCCUUUGAGUCCAGUCGGCUUGUGUCGUGCCUCCCCAUCUUUACAGGAGCCGCUUGAGUUUGAGGCCCCUGGGAGGAGCCCAGAGUCCUCGUACUCUUCGAGGAAGCAGCGGGCCGACGGAGGCGCUCUCUCAGUCAGUCCUCAGUCCACAGCCUCAGAGUCCUCCAGAGCCAAUGGCUCCGAGUGCUCGGCUCUGAACUCCAGAGCGUCCCGUCUGUCUCCGCUGGGUUCAGGCAGACAGAGAAACGCUGCUGGAUCGGUUGGGCUUUAGAGCUAAAACAGCUGGAGAGAUCUUGGUUAUCGUGAAGAUCUUCUCUGGAACUGUCUCGGCUGCUGUCAUCUUUAUCUUUACCAGACUGAGAGAAUACUAUUAUUAGUUGUUUGUUUGAGAAGUUGAUGUUCUGCAUUACAUUUUAUGUACAAGAUGUUAAUGCUGUUUAGUUGUAUAGACUAAGAAGUUUUAUUUAUGGUAUGUUUUUAGUCUAGUGACACUAAAGUUAUUAUUUAAGAGUUUUUUUAUUUUUUUUUAUUUUUUUGUGAUUUGCUAAAUUGAUUGAUAUUUGUGAUUGAUUAAAAGCAGUGACAUCAAAUUCGC